UAACGUGUGAUGUGUCACGGUGCAAUUCAUUCUGUGCCGUACAGCCUUUUUCCACCAGGAGCAGCGCCUCUUUCGCAGAUUAAAAACAAUAAAUGAUCAAUGUUUUGAACAGGGACAGAGUGACAGGAGAGGUCAGCAUAAGGGCUUGCUGCGACAGGUCCAUGAGGGAAAAUGAGAAACCACACCGUUUGUGUAGGGUGACACAUAGUUCACCAUAAGGAGACCCCACCAUUCGCCUCACUGCCCCCGAAUAGCUACAGACUGGAGAACAACUUUUAAGGCUGCAUAUUUGUGUUCAGUGAAGAAGACCAUCUUCACAUAGACUAUUCAGCCUACCACUGAACAACGCCUAAAGCGGGAAGCUAUUUGAAUCCAAGAAAAUGGUGUCUGUAUCUGUGAUUGCCAUGGCAGUUGGAACUGGUACGGCGGCAGUGCUCAUUGCCCCUGUAGCUUUGGGAGCGAUGGGAUUCGGUGCUGCUGGGGUUGCAGCUGGAUCAACCGCAGCAGGCAUGAUGUCUUCUGCAGCCGUGGCCAAUGGAGGUGGGGUAGCAGCAGGGAGUCUUGUUGCUGCUCUACAGUCAGCAGGAGCUGCAGGACUCACCGGUGUGGCCACAGCUGUUGUGGGAAGUGUCGGCGCGGCAGCCGGUGGAGCAGUGGGAUGGGUGUCCUCUAAGUUCAGGGGGUGACCUCAAUAUUCAGCCGUAUUGACGCUGGGGUCUCAUCCUCGCUAUGAUUGCAUUGAUAAUAAAAUGGAUUAUACUUCAAAUGUGUCUUUCUCCCAUACUGUAUGUGCUGAGCUUUAGGAUAGAGAAGUUGACUAUAGCAUAGUGUUGAAGCUACUGAAUGUUUCCAUUGAUUUCUGACUGAUAAAGAGGAUGUGUUGAUUAGUGAAUGUGAAAGAUCAGUGAGUAUUGCAAUGCCUUGCUGAAGUAAAUAUAUUUUACAUUUGUCAAGGAGGUUGUAGUUAUUGGUCAAUUCAAUUUCUGUAUGAAGUUACAUUUGUGAUUGCAGAUUUAUAAACUAAAAAAUAAUGGUAGGCCAACUGUGGAUGGGGGCCCAUUCCUAAGUGGUGCAGUGGUCUAAGGCACUGCAUCUCAGUGCAAAAGGUGCCACUAUACAGUCCCUGGUUUGAAUCCAGGCUGUAUCACAUCUGGCCAUGAUUGGGAGUCCCAUAGGGCGGAGCACAAUUGGCCCAGCGUUGGCUGGGGUAGGCUUUCAUUAUAAAUAAGUAUUUGUUCUUCACUGACUUGCCUCGUUAAAUAAAUCAGUUCAUUGUCUUGA